AUGCAUGCCGUUGUCCUGUGCGUCAUCUCAAAACGGCUCACAAACGAUAGAGGGCUGCCAUUGACAUCCCAACACUCUAGAAAUUUGUUGAUGCCAGAUCUGUGUGGCACAUCCAGGUUAGGCCCCAAGCUAAGGUGUGGCAAGAUGAUAGCGGCCACCGACAAACUGGUGUGGGAGAAGCUGAUGGAAGCUUCAAGUCGUGCUAGCUAUAGCGGGCGAAGUAGAAGCGACCCAGAUACCCUCGCCUUGCUGGGGAGAUCGAACAACGUGGAAGAAAUUCGAGUAUUUCUUCGGGUUUCCACGAGCGCGUGUGCGGUCGGGAAAUUUCCGAACUUUCGACGAGCUUCGAUGGAAUCGAACGACCUCGAGCGAACGCGCGCGCACUGUCUCUCUUCCUUCUUCCUUUCCCCUCACCACCGCACCAGACCACUCUGCACACACCUCGCAUCCCACGCUCGACACAGUAAGUCCAGCUCACCUCUGCCUUUACCUCAUCUGCCCUGUUCCCUUCCCAUCCUACUUUGCCGCACUUCCCGCCAUCAAUCAAGGCUCGCUGCCAUUGACCCCUUUAGCGAGGUCGCUCGUACGUCGGACGUAGCUGACGUGUGCUUCUCGCACCGUUUGCACACACUUUACAGACACAAAACCACCCUCAAACCAACUCUUGUCGAACAAACAUGUCCUUGUCGCUCUUCCCUCGCCUCACCCACACGGACGACGACUUCGGCCUCACCCCCUUCCACUUGUUCAGCCUGCGACCCAGCGGCCAAAACUCGGGUGCGGUUCGCGACCAAAGUGAACUCGCAUUUUCGCCUCGCGUCGACGUUAUCGAAAAGGAUGGAAAAGCCGAAGCCACGUUCGAACUCGCCGGCCUCACCAAAGAUCAAGUCAAGAUCAUGCUCGACCGUGGUCUGCUCACCGUCUCCGGCACGGUCCAGUCUGAGGACAAGAGGGAGGAGGGAACCUGGCGCGUACACGAACGUCGCACGGGCUCGUUUGAGAGAAGCAUCCGCGUUAACACGUCGCUGAAGGCAGAAGACAUCCACGCGAGCAUGGAAAACGGCAUUCUCAAGGUCGAGUUCCCUCUCGAAACGAAGGAGACCAAGGCGAAGGCAAUCAAGAUCUCGUGA